GCGUUGUGGACGAACAUGUCAUAUGUGAAACUGGUGUCGCUGUUGGUCGGAGCUCCGGGUGUGACGGCGCUGCUGAGCGGCUCAGUGCAGGCGGCCAGCGAGGCGAAGAAGAAGAGCUCCCAGCCCGCUCUGAGCAUCGAUGAGCUGCCGUCGUUAUACACCAUCCCUGAAGCAGAGCCUCGCCAUGUGGAGCCAGAGGCGGGGACGGUGGAGCAGAGCGUCGCAUCGCUGAGGAAAUGGGCCGAACCGUACACGAGCCAGUGUCAGCAAACGGUCCAGGCUGCAGUGGACAAAGUUGAGCAAGCGUACAGGACUGUGGAGCCCACAAUCACCACCUCCAAAACAGCAGUCACAGAUGUGUACCAGUUCCUCAGUGACCCUCCUCCUGACCUCUACCCCAGUGUAGCAGUGGUCGGCUUCUCCGGCUUCCUGGGACUCUAUUUGGCCAAAGGCUCCAAGGUGAAGCGGCUGGUGUUUCCAGUUGGACUCAUGGCUCUGAGUGCCUCCAUGUUUUACCCUCAGCAGGCUGCGACCUUACUCAAGGUGAGUCGGGACUCUGCGUACACCUGGGCUCAGCAGGGCCGCGUCACCCUGGAGACUCUUUGGAAAGAGCCACCGUUUGGCAAAAAGAAGAAGAAAGAGCGAACAGAGAGCAACGACUCGAGGAGCUGAGACGGCGUGAAGACACACACCUAUCCAACCUGCCAGACUCUCACCUUCAGGAACACUCGAACCUGUACGACUGCUGUAGAGGAAGGAUGCCUUUACCUUAUUCACACAUGACCAAACUCAAGUUAGAUUUAUUCCAGAAACGUUUGUGUAUGUGUGUUGAUGUGUCUGUUCCUGAAACCACUUCUGCCUCCUGAACACCUGCUCCAAGAAGCCGGUCCACUCAUGUGUCUGAUGACUGCAGGUUUCCAGAUAACUCUGUGAAUCUGCUUCUUGGAUUAUUCCUCAGCGCUGCUUCUCUGUAAUCAUUCCUAGUUGCUCCUACAGUGAUUUCAGCUCUUUCUCAGUUUGUCUUUAUUCAACAAAACAACCUGCACUUAUGCAGUUGAAGCCUCACAACACAACUCAACAGUUUUAGUAUCUCUCUGUACCGGUUCCCAAAUGUGAGAGUUUACUAUCAAGCCAGACAAGGAAAAGGAGCAAACUGAAUAUCUUUGGGUUUUGCACCGUUAAACCGUAAUUAAAAGACACCAACUUUUUAUUUUCUGAGCUUUAAAUGGAAAAAUUGCUUAACCAGUGAGUCAGUAAAAUAAUUUAAAAGAGUAGUUCAACAUUUUGGGGAAAUGCAUUCAAUUUCCUGCUGAGCGUUAGAGGAAGAGAUUUGAUUUGAUUUGAUACAACUCAUGUCUGUACAGCAAAUAUAAAGUUGAGGAGAGUUGCUGGUUAGCUUAGCAUAAAGACUGAAAACAGCUAGCCUGUCUCUGGCCAAAGGUAAUAAAACCCGCCUACCACCACCUUUUGUUUAACCUGUUGAAAAACUGAAGUGUAAAAACAACAUGUGGUUUCACAGGCGUCAUGUGCCUGACUAAUUCUUCUCAGAAAGUUUCAGCUGGUAGGUGGGUUUUGUUAAAUGUGGACAGAGCCAGGCUAGCCGUUUCCAGUCUUAAUGUGAAGCUAAGCUUAACCAGCUGCUGGCUGUCCCUUCAUAGUAACAGUAGAGAUAUUAGAGUAGUACAGUAUCAUUUCUCUCAGAAAGAGAGCGAAAAUGCGUAUUUCCCAAAAUGUCAAAUUAUUUCUUUUUAAACAGUUCUGAUAAGCCAACAUCAGUCAUCUUGGUUAGCAUCAUUGAUUAGCAUUUAGUCAGUAAAGUGUAUCCUCAGGUAGAGCUAACGUUGCUGUCCUGUCACACUGUGAGCAGAGGGGCUGACUGUAAAGGCUUCAUUCAUUCAGUUUCAUUCUGACACGGUAUGAAGCCAAAGUUUCUUCUCUCUGCUGAGUGCCACUUUGAUCUUGGCAAGGGCAGCUUUCAACAGUUUCUUUUCUCAAACAAGAUCAUUAAACGUUUAGUAUUUGUUUCAAACAGUAAUUUAUUUAAAGUUUGAUGCUAAUAAAACUGCUUUGCAGCUUGACUUACUUAGCAAUUAACUGAAUGACACUGUAUAUAUUGUCCAUGUGUAAUAAUGCACCUGUAAAUACUGUGAGAAGUUUAAUCUUAAUGCUACAUAAUUAAAUCUAGCACGUGA